AUGCUCCAACGAGAAGGAUUUGUCGUCGCCGAUAUGAGUGCGUCGACGCCGUCGCCUUUGCAGCGCUCUAGCUGGAAGGCUGAGGCCAUCAGGAGAGGGAACUUGAAGAUUAGUGGGCCGAUCCCAAUCACCGAGGAUGUGCCGUUAAAUGAAGAGGAAGAGAAAGAGUUCGCGGAAAAUGGCGUGCUGGACCGAACGUUGCAGCCGCAGGACGCGCCGGAAGAUCAGUAUGAACGGCCGCAAACCCCGCCAAGACCGCUGCAGUCUCCACCACCUGUGCCUGAACAGCACAUGUCAGCGUUGCGAUCAAAUCCCAUCGGAGAGCAGCCGCAACGCGAUGGUUCUGUUCCUGAGCGUCCGAUCUCUUCGAGAUCCCCACCACAGGUGCGACAGUUGAACGAGGUACAGCGCGAAAGUGUUGUGCCAUCAACUUCGGUCGCAUCUCCCACGCCCUAUCGCUCAACGCCAGAGAGCGCCAGUAAGGCAGCGCAAAAGAAGAAGCGCAAGAGCGGGCUUAGAAAUGUGUUUCGGAAGAUGUUCGGACGAAAGAGCCCUGACCGUGAAGAUCACGAGGAAGAGCCGAUGCAGCGUGGCCAUAGCUACCACCAUAGCGAUCCAGGUAUGCUGAGAUCAACACCACCAAGGGAACCAAGGACACCACCUUCUGGUCCUCGAAUAUCAGAUCUGCCAGUAGAAGAGCUACAGCCAUUGCACCCACUAGGCCAGCAUCUUCCAUAUCCCAUGAAUGUGAACGCCCCACCAGCGAGUCCACCUAAAGAGUAUCUCACUUUCGAUAACGAUAGGCCCGAUCUCGGUCGCCGGAGAGCAACACUACCCACUGUUCCAAGCGCUAUCACUCAUCGACAUAGUCUGGACGAACCUCGGGAAAAGCUAGCAGCUUGGGACGAACGGGUAGAAGAAGAUGAAAUGUCUCCAGGUAUUGGUAUCGCCCUGUCCAGUCCCACUCAAACGGUGACCUCCAGACACGACAGACGGCGAUCGAGAAGUGCAGAUGCUCUUCAUAGUCUCGCCAAAGAGCGCGCGUCGACGGAGAGAGGACGAAGUGCGGAGAUUAAGUUCUGGCGGGAGAGCUACAUGUCCGGCAGCGUCUACAGUAGACCGCAAACAGCGAAGACGGUGGAGACCGUUCGCACCGUGCCGAUGCAGGAGCCCAUGAUUCGUGAACCAGACAAUGAGUCUUUUAACGAGAUGAGUGCGACGCUCGUCCAGGCGGACGACUCGCAAACCCCCACUCCGAUCACCGAAGAGCCGAAACGAGAGCAAGAGCGUGAUGCCCAACCUCAAGUCUCAGCCUUCAACUUUGGUGACUUGAAGAAUGCGCUGUUUGGGCCCAAAGAGGAGACCAUCCCAGAGUCACCUCAAGUCAGAAACGUCUCCCCACCACCGCCGCCACCAGCGAAGAGUCAACAUCGCCUGCCGAUUGAGGACCGCGUUCAAGAUCUUGAAUCCAAGUACUCCAACCUGGAAACACUCACCCGUCGAAUGUCGUCCCGCAACAAUCGGCAAACCAUCAUCCUUGAGAACGCGCCUCGCAAUUUGCGAUCAAGGAACCGAAGUUCAUCCGCAUCCGGUUCUGCAUCGCGAUCUCACUCCAGGGCAGCACCCAGCAUCCAUCAAGAGCCAAUCCCUCAAUCAAGUAUCGAGACCUUUGAUCCUGAGCCUGCGCCUGCUUCCCCAACGCUAGCGGUAGCUCCAGUUCCCAGUGCAGGCAGCAACGAGGAGAAUGCGCGGGCGUUACGCAACGUGUAUGAAGCGCUUAGACAUGAGAGAGGCGCUAGAAAGGCAUUGGAACAACACGUCCGUUCUCUCCAACACGACGUCUCGGAUCUGCAUGCUCUGGUCAACAAACUCAUCGCUUCGGCGACCGCUACCUCGCCUUCCUAUCCUACUCCAUCACCCGACACGUUGAUCAUCUCGAGUGAAGGAGAUGCGCGAAUAAGCUGUUCUACACCACGAGCUCCGACAUACGACCGGAAUGUGAUUUACGGCCAAACUAGCCAUGGCAGGGACCAGCAAUGGGGCAAUGAUGACGCAAGCGUCUACUCUGAAGAUCUUGCUCGGAAGCCGAGCUACGAUGAUGUUGCGACGCCAGACGUAUGGGCCACGCCAAAGGAAGAAGGAUUCGGCGGAAGUGGGUUCUUCCAUGGUGAGGAUAGGGUAAGAGGAUAUGCCUAA